CCACCCAUUCCUCUAAAGCUAUCUAUAUCUUCAAGUUCAAUUGGCUGAAAAUAAACUUUCAGAAGCUAGAGUUUUCGGGUUUUCGUUCAAGAUUUCGAUGGCAGGUAUUGCAUACGGAAUCAACAAGCUUGCCGUUGGCCCAGGUGAAGCUCGACGCCGAUCACUACAACCUCAAACUACUCCAGACACCAACAACAACGACGCCAAUAAUCCCGACACCGACAAAAUUGAUACCAACAACAUCGACACCAAAAAAACCGACACCGACACCGACAGUGGCAGUAACAGUGAAAGUUCUGAAGAGUUCGGUUAUGUGAAUUCAGCGAAACAAGAUAUCAAAGGUCUUACCAAUCUAACUGGGUAUGUGAAAGGCAACGCCAAUGGGGUCAUCAACUUUGGCACCUUGACAGCCUCCGAUCCUAAUGUCGAACCAUGAACAUCAAUAAAGCUGCAUGCAACUUAAUAAGGAUAACCUAUGCUGCUGAUGGUGCCUAUAGAUUGUUUUCAUAUGUUUUACACGCCAAAACCAUCAUUAUAGGAAUAAAAUGGAGCAUGGGUGUACGAUCAUUAUAUAAGUUCAAAACAUGUUGUUAUUCAAUAAAAUAAAUUGAAAGGAGGUUUACAUAA